CACCAGCAGUAGAUCCCGUGGAUGUGUUCAAAGUCAAAUCAGCUGCUUCUUCAAGAGAGUAGCUACCCAAAGUACAGUCUUCAUGCUGGAGGUGGCAUACGGGGACUAAAGUGAAUCCAAAUCAAGUCUGGAUAUGCAAGAGAGCCAAUUAUGUGAUGCUGAACUGCCUCCUUCAAAACCGGAACUCCGCUACCAUGGAAUCACAACAGGGAGCACAGAAGAUUACGAUCUACUUAACAAAACACCUCCUACUCCAACCAUGUAUAAAUACAGACCUUCUUGCAGUCCUGGAAAGAACCACAUUCCACUUACCAAUGCUUAUGCAAGCCAGUUAAGUCGAGGAAAGAGGGAUGUUAUCAGUAGGGAUUCCUCCUCAACCUCAUCCCUCAUUCAAUCCAUCCAUCAACCUGGUUUUUGCUCACAACCUAGCUUGGACCAGAGUGACACCUCUGACAGAGGGGGGGGAGUACCUGGAGAGGAGAGAAAAGAGAGUGGAGAAAGCCGAAUCUCUGACUAUUCUCGACGCUCCUACCCCUUAUUUUCCGACUCUGUCGUCCUGUCAGGAGUUGCUUCACAAUCCUCUGGUUCCAUGCAAACCUUAGCAUGUAGUGCCCAGGUCUCUGAAACAACCACUACCUCAAGCAGCUUCAAAAGCUUAGCUAAUCAGAGUCCUCCACCUCCCCACCGAGCUCAUAACGGAAAUCUGUCAUGGGACAGCUUAAUGGCUGCAAAAGAUGGUUUUGACAAAGGGGCGCCAUCAAGAUUGAACAUUUCUGAGGUUUCAUCCAGAAGACCCUGCUCUCCAGCGGAAGGUGGCUACAUCUCCUCCUUUCAUUCUUCAAAACUGAGAGAUGCUGAAAUGCAUUGCCAGUCUCCCAAGCAUCAUAACCCCCUACCGCAUCGGUCAGCCACUUCCACAUGCUCCUCUCCUCCAGAGAGAGAGCAUCUGUUGGUGGAACCACAGCAAAGCAAUCACCCAUUGCCUUUCUGCCAAUCUUUUCGUCUGGGGUUCUGUCUGGGUUUCCACGCCCUGCAGCCGUGA